CGCGCUGUCAGUGUUGUUAGUAAUAUCGUUCGGUGUUCGACGAAAAAGAAUGUGUUGUUAAUCCAUUUUUGAUUCCCUGCUCUUUUUUCUCACUUGCUCGUUUCCUGUCCAACCUGCUAGCGGUGUGUUUGCCAGCAGUAUCGGGAUUUUUCGCGAAAAAAAAUCAUAUUUUUCCCCCAUAGUUUCCCGUUGCCGUUUGCUGUCCGUUUCGAUCUCUCGAUCCGUUCGAUUCGUUCGGACUUGAAGACACAUACACACACAUACCGGGAGAACGCGAACGAAAAAUGCAUAAAAUGAAAGAACAAUUCGAGGUGGACUACUUGUCGUUCAGGACGGAAGUCUCCAAACGAAGGAAACCGUUCGCCACCAGGGAAUUGACGAAAAUAGCGUAUUCCGCAUCAAACAGCGUGGUCUCGCUAGCGGAGGGCAUGCCGAACGAAGAAACCUUCCCUUUCAAGGAGAUCUCCAUCAAACUUAACGACGGAUCGUCUUUCACCCUUGACGGGCAAGAAUUGGGCGCAGCUUUGCAGUAUAUUCCCACUCAGGGAUACCCGCCGCUUCUUCAGAGCCUGAGGGAGUUCCAGAGAAGGGCGCACGCACCUCCCCUAUGGGAGAGCCGUGACAUCAUGAUCGUCUCCGGAGCUCAGGACGGAUUAAGCAAAACUUUCGAGGCCAUACUCGGUCCCGGUGAUUCGCUCCUUGUGCACGAUCCUUUUUAUCCAGGCGUGCAGGUUGUGGUCAGUAAUUCCCAGGCUGUUUUUCAACUCUGUCACGAUUGUCUCGAUUCACCACGAUUGAAUUAUCGCGCAGGUCGAAGCGAAGUCCUUGUUAAACAGAAAGAAUUGUUGGCUCUUUCUUUUGUUAUUUUUACACCCCGUCCCACAUUAAUGGCGGCAGAGUGAAACGAAAAUUUGAAUUCAUGAAGCGUUAACUAUGAAGGAAAGUACGAUGCUUUUAAUGCAUCGAAAUAUCGAAUCAUAAAUCUAUCUUUACAAUUAUUAAGAAAUAUUUAUUAUUUGAUAUGAAAGAAUUUAU